UUUUUACAAUUAACACUUUUCCUUGCAAGUAAUGUAUUUUGUGGUGAGAGUAAUGGUAAGUUCUCAUCCCCAGAACUUGCAGUAGGUAACACAGAUGUGAAUUUGUGUAUUGUGUUACAUUAAGUUAGUGAAAGUCUUGAUUCAGAUUCCACAAAAAGUAGGAAUAAGCAUAUCCAGUUCCAUCUGCAAAAACGUAGACCAGAUUUUGAGUAGUGUGUGUGUGGGGGUGUUGCUUUUGUGUCUCAGUUUGCAGGUAACCAGAUUGGGAGAUGAACAGCAGUGACAACUGUCCCAAGAGUGCUGGGGAUGCCCUUUGCUUGAAGUUUAACAAGUAAGAUAAUUAGAGAUUUUUAAAAUGGUGUCCUGGGCCUCUUCUGAGAAUACUUAUUACUUCCCAAAUUGUAUGUUAAAUAGGGAAAACCUUCUGCUCUUCUGUGUAUGGAAUUCAGAGAUGAACUACACUGUCUCAUUAGCUCAUUAAAAGCCACUUCUCUGCCACUACCCUUUUUUUUUUUUUUUACUUUUUCCCAGGAAAAUCUUCAUAACACGAAUAGACUUAAUUAAGUGUGAUGUUUUAAGGUAGUUGAAUCUUUUUGUGGUCAGUAGCAUCAUCACUGCCCUUCCACCAGAGCACAUGAGCAAACACAGAUAAAUGUGGGUCAGGCUGAAGCUCCGUGCAGUGGGUGGGUGCCCCUUCCCAAGGUUUCUGUUCUGGGUGGCACAUCAGAAGGAGACAGAGGCAGGUCGGGCCAGGCACAUUCCCCUGCCUGAGGACCAACGUAACCAAGUGACAUCACAAAGGGAAUGGGGCAGGAAUAGCUCGGGUGACAGGAUGGAACACAGGACACCACACACGGGGCAUUGCUUGGCUUGUUCUACAGAGAUUGCUGCGGUUUCCAAGUUCUCUGUCCUGCCUCAGAAUAGAGAAUCAGCCUCUAAAAAUUCAAGAACAGCAGCACUGGUGAGCACCUCUGGGUGGUAUAGAGUCUGUGUUCAGCUUCUCUACCGCCUGAUUGGGGAUGGGGGACAGCUUGGUCCAGGACAGACUCAUGCAGCAAGAAAACAAACCUAUUAGAAUUUUCUUAACAUAGCAAAAAUCUGAAAAACAACCUGCUAUUAGUAGCAUCUAGACUGCAACCUAUGGUUUUAGAAAAUAUAUUAAGUACCACACCCCUGAGGAAAUGAAAUAUAAUAUGCAUUCUUUAGGGUGAAAUGCUUAAGACAGCUAUGUUGAGUAAUUGGAUAUGAAGUCAAAGACUGAAUGGAAUUCUAGGAAUAACUCUAAAACCUCAAGUAUUUAAAUAAUAGCUCUUAAUGAUGCAACUCACCAUCUUGGGAAGAGCUUAAUGUGGGAGAUGGAGAGUCUUCACCACUGUGUUAGCCCAGUGAAAGUAAAUGUGAAUGUAGUUUAUAAAGAAGAUCCUGAAACAGCAGGACAUGCCUCCUGAAGAGCCAUUAUAAAGAGCAUAGUACAAAAAGCACUGUAGCAUUUUAGAUCUCCACUGCUGUGGAUUUUUUUUUCCUAGUAGGUGGAAGGAUGGCUUGGAAAUGGAAGUAUUCCCAGAAGGAAGAGAUGGAGGACACGAGCAGCCGUCACCCAGGGCUCACUGGCCUGCAGAACCUGGAAAACACGUGCUACAUGAACGCGGUUCUGCAGUGCCUGUGCAGCCUGCCCCAGCUGGUGGAGUAUUUCCUCUCGGGGAGGUGGAACACGGCCCUGCGCACGGAGAUUGGCGAGUCUGCAACUGCCUUUAGCUGUUUGAUGUCCGAUAUGUGGCUUGGAGAGUUUGACUGUGUUUCCCCUGAGGCUUUUCAUUCCGUCUUUGGGAAGCGGUACCCGACAUUUAGCAGGAGGACUCAGCACGACGCGCAGGAGUUUCUGAUCUGUGUGCUGGAUGAGCUCCACGAGGCUUUCAAGGAGUCAAGCCGACACAGAACUGGUGCAGAAGCAAGAGGGAGUGGCAGUGGCACAUCCAUUAUAACACAGUUGUUUGAGGGACAGCUCAGUUAUGGUAUCACAUGUCUGAAGUGCAACACCAUCACUGACAGACCUGAGAGCUUCACCGUCCUUUCCCUGCCCAUCCCUUCUAGGAGAGUGUGCUCUCUGCAGGAGUGUCUUGACUGCUUCUUUCAGCCAGACACACUGACUCGGAACAACCAAAUCCACUGCUACUGGUGUGGAACAAACCAAGAUGCCACAGUAAAGGCCACCAUAACCAGGGCACCACAGAUCAUUAUUUUUCACCUAAAGAGGUUUGCCUGGCAGGACAAGCACAGAAGGAAACUCUCAACCACUGUGGACUAUCCUUUACACAACCUGGAUCUCUCUCCCUACAGCUCCGCGUUUUUCUACAACGAUGCAGAGUACAGCUUGCGUGCUGUCGUGAACCACUCUGGUGAUAUAGAUUAUGGCCACUACACAGCAUUCUGCAAGCACUCAACCACCAAACACUGGUACAGCUUUGAUGAUGUCCAGGUCACCAAGAUCCCAGAUUCUGCAGUGCAGACUGACACAGCUUACCUCCUCUUCUACACCUGUAAAGGCUAUUGAGAAUCUGCUGGCCCUUGGAAACCAACAGUGAGUAGGGCAGCAACUCGAAUUCAUCAGCAGCACUAGCCAAGUUCUCUUUCAUCAAUAAACUAGAGCAUUUGCAUUUCUGAUCAUCUGCUGUGGUCUUUCAAGAAGUAAUUCCUAGAGACGACAGUUACAGCCCCUGAGCCUGUAAAGGAACGUGCCCCAUUUGCACAAGGUCUGAUGUUGUGCUCCAUGACAACCCUCUUGCAUCCCUCAAAAGAACACAGAUGGUGAGCAUACAGAUGCACUUACCUGAAGAUUCCUGGUUUUCUGCUGGUGAAGAACAUUAUGUUGUUUUAAGCUGCCUUUCAGGAACUGACAGUAGGAUGCCAGGGCGAAAGCACAGAACCAGAGCACAGAGGGUGUGAAGAGAGCAGAGGAUGAAGCGAGCAGUAAUAUAUGAGAAAGAAAAAGACAUUUUUCUGCUAAUGUUGUUUUUGUUCCUCUAGCACUGCAAACUUGUUUGCAGCUUGUUGGCUUCUGGAAAACAAUCGAUUCUGGUCUUAAUUCCCCCAGCAGGACACACAAAAACAAGUAAAAGGUCAAAAUGAUGCCAGGUCUCUGGAUGCCAACUUAAUCAGCAAGGGAAAACUAACCCAAAUCCACAGCAGGGAAACACGUAAGAUGCAACUCAAGUAAGUUUCUAAACUAAUCAGUUCUAUGCAAAAUAGUAUUUUUUUUCACCUGGAGAACCUUUAAACUGUGUGAAUAUGACUCAGACUGUCAUUACAUAGAAUCCUGACCAUUACACAACAAGCUGAGAAUGAAAACACCAAACUCGAACAUACAUUUAACAGGAUAUAUUUUUAAAUCAUUUCUUCAUUAAGGUUUUUAAUGCAUGUGUACAUGAAAAUUUAUAUUAAAAAAUUAAAAAGGAAAAUCUUGUUUGUUUAGAAUAACUCUGAAGUGCACAAAUAUUGACAAAAGCUAACAGAAAAAAAAUAAUACAGCUCUGCUUUUUUAUUAAGUAGUGUUGCAAUUACUUAGAGCUGGCAAAUAAACGCAAUCCUCUGAGUUUUAGAGAUUCUCACAAAAAGGACAACAUUUUAUUAUAUACAUAGUUCUGAUGUGCAAGUAUGCAAUCAAUAUGUACACUUACAUUCCUAACUGUUUACAUCGUUCUAGAGUAUU